AUGCCCCAAUGGGCGAGCAGUGAGGGCGGAGGGACUGAAGUGGCGUCUCCGAACCAAAUGGUUAACUACGAUGAAACAGAGUGUUACGAUGACAAAGCCGAAGAUGCUGAUAAAAUUGAACAGACUGGUGAUUUCUACGACAGCGGAAGCAGCGAUGAGGUACGGCGAGUGAGUCGUCGAAGAACAGCGGCUAGUUCCUCUUCGUCUGGCGGUUCCACUGGUCCAGGCCGACGAAGGCGAUGCGGGAUCUCAGCGAGGGAAAGAAAUUUAAGAAGAUUGGAGAGCAACGAACGCGAACGUAUGCGCAUGCAUUCACUGAAUCGAGCGUUUGAGGAUCUCCGCCGUGUGAUUCCGCAUGUAAAAAAGGACAAUCGAAGUUUAUCAAAGAUAGAAACUUUAACUCUUGCCAAAAACUAUGUUAAAGCUCUCACGAAUGCUAUUUGCACGAUGAGGGGGGAAGGACCUCGUUACCAAUUUAACAACGAAGAUGAAAAUGUAGAGCCUGUAUUUGUUAUAUCCAAAGACCAGGAACAAAAUAACAAUGUGUCAAGUGAUGGAGACAUAGACGAUUCACCUAAUAUUUGUCUUUGA